AUGCUACUCGCGGAAUCCACAGCUUUAACUCAAAGGGCUUUCACUGGAGGGAAACCCCGAGGUUGGAUCAAUGCGCAUGCCAGAGGGGUAGCUCACAAGCGGGUUAUGAAAAGUAAACAUGACACGACACCUGGACCAUCAAAUAAGUCGCCAUACUGGAACUUCGCUAUAACAGAAUUCGAAGACUGUGAAGAAAUGGACGAAGAAUGGUUUGGAAGCCCCGGACCAGCCAACCCGGGAUUGAUUGGCGGCCAGCGACUUGACUGCGAGGCACGGUUUGCAGACGCCCCCAAAGAUGUGUCAUACAGCUUCCACAUCACCUCUGAUGUCCGAAUGAUAUUUGACAACUUCUGUUCGGCAAAAGGGGAUGAUGGGAGGCCUUACUGGAUUGCUGCUAUGAGGGAAUGGAAUAGUGCUCUCACGAAAAUACCCAGGGAUCGACGCCACAAGUAUUAUCUCAGCUACUACUACAAGGAAGUCUGUAGUACGCUUGAUCAGGGAAUUAUGGACUACGAACUCGCCUCAGCCUCUCGUUCCCCAAAUGAGUGGGUCGUGUAUAACCGGAAAAGUUUGGUUUUUGACACACUCCUCGGUUUGGAUGCUUCCAUUGUGGUUUUCCACUUCUGGUAUCGAAACAACGAUGCUGUCCCAGGGCCUGUCAGAAACAUUGGUAUGAAAGUGGUGAACGAGAAUGGGAAAAAUGUUAGGUAUCUGAUACGGUAUAUGUUUGUUAAAUAA